GAGUGUAAGUUGGGGAAAGGAUGAUUCCAAGGAAUCUACCGAGGUGAUAAUGUUUGACUAAUUUUGACCCGUUAAGAAAUACGACGUCGUUUUAUCAAUUGCUUUUCAUCCACAAAAAUAUCUGUAGAAAAUUCCCGACAAAAGUUAAACCCCCAGCUAAAACCCUCCUUGUUCGCUCAAAUGAAUUGAGCGAAAAUGGCGGUCUCUGCGAAAACCCUACCCAUCUCUCUGCGGAAUUCCGAUUUCUCGAGACGCCCCAACUUCAGAAGCCAUGGAUUUAAUCGAUUUACGUGUAGAUGCAGCGGGUUGUCACUUAGAAAGGGCAGCCGGGCGGGUUCCGUUUCGAAUUCGACGUCUUCAGUCACUGCCGAUCCCAAUUUAUAUCUAACUCAGCUGUGCAAUCAGAACGAGCUAAAUGAAGCUGUAAGUUUUCUAACAUCUAUAGAAAAGGAGCAGAACGAUGAUAUAGAGGAAGAAACUUUUGUUUCCUUAGUUAGGCUGUGUGAGUUCAAGAGGGCUUCAAAUGAAGGGUCGUUGAUUUAUUCAAUUCUGUUAAAUUUCGUUGCACAUUUGAGCUUACGUCUCGGGAAUGCGCUGCUGAGCAUGUUUGUGAGGUUGGGGAAUAUGAGUGAUGCUUGGUAUGUGUUUGGUAAAAUGGAGGAAAGGGAUUUGUUUUCUUGGAAUGUCUUGAUUGGAGGGUAUGCGAAGAACGGAUUCCUCGAUGAGGCGAUCGAAUUGUACGGGAGGAUGUUGUGGCUCGGGGGGGCCGGUAUCCGGCCGGAUGUGUAUACAUUUCCUUGUGUGUUGAGAGCUUGUGGUGGUUUAGGCAAUUGGGAAUGUGGGAGGGAGAUACAUUCGCACGUUUUGAGGUUUGGGUUCGGCGCGGAUGUGGAUGUAGUGAAUGCUUUGAUCACGAUGUACGUAAAAUGCAGGGAUUUAUGGAGCGCGAGGUUGGGAUUUGAUGGGAUGUGUAGACGGGAUAGGAUCUCGUGGAAUGCAAUGAUUGCCGGGUAUUUUAGUUGCGGGGAUUGUUUGGAAGGGUUGAGGUUGUUCUUUAGAAUGAGGGAGUGUUGUUUCCAUCCAGACUUGAUGACGAUGACUAGUGUGAUUUCGGCGUGUGAGGUUUUUGGGGAUGAGGGAUUAGGGAGGGCUAUUCACGGGUACGUUGCGAAGAUGGAGUAUGGGGCUGAUGAGGCUGUGAGCAACUCGUUGAUUCAGAUGUAUACGAGUUUUGGACGGUGGGAUGAGGCGGAGAAGGUUUUUGCUAAAGUCGAGUGUAAAGAUGUGGUGGCGUGGACAUCGAUGAUUUCGGGUUACAACAAUAAUGGAUUGGCUGAAAAGGCGGUCGAAACAUAUAAGAGGAUGGAGGAGGAAUGGGUUGCGCCCGACGAGAUCACGAUUGCUAGUGUUUUAUCGGCGUGUGCGUCGACUUGUUUGUUGGAUGUCGGCGUAAGUCUUCAUGAAUUGGCGAUACGGACGGGGCUAGCCGACUGUCUUAUGGUCGCCAACGCUUUGAUUGAUUUCUACUCCAAAUGCAAAUGCAUCGACAAGGCUUUAGAGGUCUUCCAUCGAAUCCGCGACAAAAAUGUAGUGUCUUGGACGUCGAUUAUUCUUGGCCUGCGGAUCAACAACCGGAGCUUCGAGGCGUUGAUUUAUUUCCGGCAGAUGAAACUGAGUCUAGACCCGAACGAUGUCACCUUAGUCUCUGUGCUGUCCGCGUGUGCAAGAAUCGGGGCGUUGAUGUGCGGGAAGGAAAUCCACGCCCAUGUUUUGAGAACCGGAUUAGGUUUCGACGGGUUUCUCCCCAAUGCGGUCCUCGAUUUGUAUGUCCGAUGCGGAAGAAUGAAGCUUGCCGAGCAUCAGUUCGAUUUGCAGAAACGAGACAUUGCUUCUUGGAACAUUCUCCUCACGGGUCAUGCCGAAAGGGGCCAAGGCGAACUUGCCAUGGAGCUCUUCCACAAAAUGUUGGAAUCGGAAGUACUUCCCGACGAGGUUACGUUUAUAGCUCUAUUAUGUGCUUGCAGCCGGUCCGGGAUGGUCGCAGAAGGUCUGCGGUAUUUCGAAAGCAUGGAGAACGAGUUUUCGGUCACUCCAAAUGUGAAGCAUUAUGCCUGCAUCGUCGAUUUGCUGGGGCGCGCGGGGAAGCUGGAGGAUGCCUACAGGAUUAUAGAGACGAUGCCCAUAAAACCCGACGCAGCGAUCUGGGGAGCCUUGUUGAAUGCCUGCAGGAUUCACCGGCAGGUCGAACUCGGCGAAGUCGCUGCUCGACGUAUCUUUGAUACGGACAACAUAAGUGUUGGUUACUAUGUUAUGUUGUGUGAUCUGUAUUCGGACAGCGGCAAGUGGGACGAGGUUGCCAAGCUGAGGAAGACGAUGCGAGAGAUGGGGCUAGCGAUCGAUCCCGGGUGCAGCUGGGUCGAGGUUAAGGGGAAAGUUCAUGCAUUUCUUACCGGCGAUACGUCUCAUCCGCACGCCGAACAAAUUGCAGGUAUCCUGGAGGGGUUUUAUGACAGAAUGAAGGCUGCAUGCGGCGAGCUGGACGGAAGUUCUGCGAGCGAAGUCGAGGCUUCGAAAGCCGAGGUUUUCUGUGGCCACAGUGAGAGAUCGGCUGUUGUUUUUGGGCUGAUGAAUACGUCGCCGGGGACACCUAUUUGGGUGACGAAGAAUCUCUAUAUGUGUAAAAGCUGUCAUAGUACAAUCAAGUUCAUCUCCAAGGCUGUUAGAAGAGAGAUUUGUGUUAGAGAUACUGAAAAUUUUCACCAUUUCAAGGAUGGAAGCUGCUCCUGUGGAGAUGAGGGUUACUGGGGACUGCAAGAUUAGGAUCAUUAGGACAAUUGUGUUAUAUAUAUAUAUAUAUGUAUGAAUGUUGUAUGUCACUGUAAAAUGAGAUUUGACAGAAAUAGGAAAGUUAUGUGAGCCAAAAGAUCUUCUUGCAGCAAGAGAUUCUGUCAAAC